AUGGCCGGAGCCCCCCCGGAGAAGAACACCCUGACGCAAGACUCGGCGGCCGUGCUGCUUCAGGCCUGGUGGCGGGGCACCUUGGUCCGGCGCGCCUUGCUGCACGCAGCCCUCAGAGCGUGGGUCAUCCAGUCCUGGUGGCGGCUGAUCCUGGCCAAGACGCUGGCCAGGAGGCGGAGGACGGAGCUGGAGGUCUACACGCGGAGGGAAUGGGCGACCGUGAAGCUGCAGUCCUUGGUGCGGAUGUGGCGGGUGCGCCAGCGGUACUGCCGGCUGCGGAACGCCGUCCGCAUCAUUCAGGUGUACUGGCGCUGGCAUAAUUGCCACAGCCGGGGCUUUAUUCAAGGCAACUAUGAAAUCAAAGGCAACCGCUUGAGUAUUCAAUUGCAGAUCUCUCUGGGUGCCCAGGCUUGCAAAGUUCAGCAAUGCAUAGCCCUUCCAAUAAAAGAAUAA